AUGUCUGGAAGUCUCGUUGACGAAAGAAGCAUUGUAGCAAAAGUCGACAUGGAAUUGAAAAAGGGAGGCACAUUCGACAAAUUACGGAAAAAAGCAACGGAACAUAUUAAGGAAUCGGAAUUACUUCAAAGAAUAGAGAAAGAAACGCUGCAAAAAGUUGAUGAGAUUAUGGAAAGUUCCUCGAAUAUAUCAAAAGAAGAGAUUCAACGAAAACUGCGCGAGUACAUAUCAAGUAAUCAUCAAAUGCGAAAUGAUAUAAAUCGACAGACCCGUAUCGAGCUCGAUAAAUCGUGGGUGCAAGAUACAUUGAAAGAAGAGAUAGAAGAAAAGGUAACAAAACAAUUGGAGGACAUGGUCUAA